GCCCUUUUGGGCACUAUGGGCACCCCGUUGCUCUGCAUUCUGCUUGCAGCGGUCACUGGAGCCAGAGCCUGGGGCUGGUAUGGCUGUGAUGAGGAACUGGUGGCCUCGCUGUAUUCUCGCUCGCUGGGAGCCUCUUCCUAUUACGGCUUCUUCACUGGGCCGCGCUUCGCCCGGCUACACGGCACAAGUGGAUGGUCGCCUGCCAUUGGAGACCGGAACCCUUGGCUACAGAUAGACCUGAUGAAGAAACAUAAGAUAAGGGCUGUGGCCACGCAGGGCUCCUUCAACUCAUGGGAUUGGGUCACACGCUAUAUGCUACUUUAUGGCGACCGCGUGGACAGCUGGACGCCUUUUUACCAGCGAGGGCACAAUUCGACAUUCUUCGGGAACGUGAACGAGUCCGCAGUGGUCCGGCAUGACCUCCACUACCAUAUAACUGCCAGGUACAUUCGGAUUGUGCCCUUGGCCUGGAAUCCACGAGGCAAGAUUGGCCUGAGACUUGGACUCUAUGGAUGCCCUUACAAGUCAGACGUGCUAUACUUUGAUGGGGAUGAUGCUAUCUCCUACCGAUUCCCCAAGGGGGUCAGCCGUACCCUAUGGGAUGUCAUAGCCUUCAGCUUUAAGACCGAAGAGAAAGAAGGGCUGCUUCUGCACUCAGAGGGGAUUCAGGGCGACUAUGUGACUCUGGAACUCAAGAACGCUCAAUUGUGGAUGCACAUGAGCCUCGGUAGCAGCCCUAUUCAUGCCAGCCCGGGCCAUACGACUGUAUUCGCGGGUGGCGUCCUCAACGACUUGCAUUGGCACUACUUGCGGCUAGAUCGCUUCGGUAGAGACGUCAACUUGACGUUGGAUGGCGAAGUGCAGCGAUUCCUGCUCAAUGGCGACUUUGAGAAGCUAAACCUAGACACAGAGAUGUUUAUAGGAGGUAUAGUCAGGGCUAGGCAGAAGAACCUUGCUUACCGGGAAAAUUUUCGCGGCUGCAUGGAAAACAUAAUCUUUAACCAAGUCAACAUCGCCGACCUGGCUGUCCAGGGUCAUUCCCGGAUCACUUCUGAGGGCAAGGUGGCUUUCCGGUGCUUGGAUCCAGUCCCGCACCCUCUCAAUUUCGGCGGCCCACACAACUUCGUGCAGGUGCCCGGCUUCCCCCGCCGCGGCCGCCUUGCUGUUUCCUUUCGUUUUCGGACCUGGGAUCUUACAGGGCUGCUGCUCUUCUCGAGCCUGUCCGACGGGCUGGGCCACGUGGAACUGAUGCUCAGUGACGGGCAGGUCAAUGUGUCCAUUGCUCAACCUGGGCGCAAGAAGCUACAGUUUGCAGCGGGAUACCGCCUCAAUGAUGGGUUUUGGCAUGAGGUGAAUUUUGCAGCACAAGAAAAUACAGCAGUAAUCAGUAUAGAUGAUGUUGCUGGAGCUGAAUUCCGAGUCUCUCAUCCCCUUCAGAUUCGUACUGGAAUUUCAUACUUCUUUGGGGGUUGUCCCAAACCAGCUGGCAUCUGGGGCUGCCAUUCCAACCAGACUGCAUUCCAUGGCUGCAUGGAGCUGCUUAAGGUGGAUGGGCAGCUAGUCAACCUGACUUUGCUGGAAUUCCGUCGGCUUGGAAGAUAUGCUGAGAUCCUCUUUGACACAUGUGGUAUCACUGACAGGUGCUUCCCAAACCCGUGUGAACAUGGGGGCCGCUGCUAUCAGUCCUGGGAUGACUUCAUCUGCUACUGUGACCUGACAGGCUACAAGGGGGAGAUCUGCCACCAGCCUCUGUACAAAGAAUCAUGUGAAGCCUAUAGGCUCAGUGGGAAGACCUCUGGGAAUUUCACCAUUGAUCCGGAUGGCAGUGGCCCAUUAAAGCCUUUUGUUGUGUACUGUGACAUCCGAGAAAACCGGGCAUGGACAGUGGUACGCCAUGAUCGGCAGUGGACGACUCGGGUGACAGGCUCAAGCCAGGACCGCCCAUUCCUGGGGGCUAUCCAGUACUGGAAUGCAUCCUGGGAGGAGGUCAGUGCAUUGGCCAAUGCCUCUCAACAUUGUGAACAGUGGCUUGAGUUCUCUUGUUAUAACUCCCGGCUGCUCAACACUGCAGGUGGCUACCCCUUCAGCUUCUGGAUAGGUCGGAAUGAGGAGCAGCAUUUUUACUGGGGGGGAUCUCAGCCCGGGAUCCAGCGCUGUGCCUGUGGCCUAGAUAAGAGCUGCGUGGAUCCCACCUUGUUUUGCAACUGUGACGCUGAUGAGCCCCAGUGGAGAACAGACAAAGGACUGCUGACCUUUGUGGACCACCUACCAGUCACACAGGUGGUUGUUGGUGAUACUAACCGAUCCAACUCAGAGGCCCAGUUCUUCCUGAAGCCUCUUCGUUGCUAUGGCGACCGGAACUCCUGGAAUACCAUCUCUUUCCACACUGGUGCUUCUCUGCUCUUCCCGCCCAUCCGUGCCAACUACAGUCUUGAUGUCUCUUUCUAUUUCAAGACCACAGCAGACUCAGGUGUCUUCCUAGAGAAUAAGGGAGGCCGUCCAUGCCAGUGGCGACGACCAUACCUUCGGCUUGAACUCAACACCUCUCGAGAUGUAGUUUUUGCCUUUGAUGUGGGAAAUGGUGAUGAAAACCUCACAGUCCAUGCUGAGGACAUGGAAUUUAAUGAUGAUGAGUGGCACCUGGUCCGGGCUGAGAUCAAUGUGAAACUGGCCCGGCUCCGAGUUGACCAUCGGCCUUGGGAGAUUCGGCCGAUGCCCCUCCAGACCUACAUCUGGCUAGAGUAUGAUCGGCCUCUUUCUGUUGGCUCUGCAGAGCACAAGAGGCGUCCCUUCCUGGGUUGCUUACGGGCAAUGCGCCUAAAUGGAAUUACCUUGAACCUGGAGGGCCGUGCCAAUGCCUCAGAGGGCACCUCACCCAACUGCACAGGCCGUUGUCUUCACCCAAAGCUCCCCUGUUUUCAUGGUGGACGGUGUGUGGAACGGUAUAGCUACUAUACAUGUGACUGUGAUCUUACAGCCUUCGAAGGGCCCUACUGCAACCAUGACAUCGGCGGGUUCUUUGAGGAAGGCACCUGGGUGCGCUAUAACCUGCAGUCAGCCCUUCGCUCCGCCGCUCAGGAGUUCUCCCACAUGCUGAGCCGCCCGGUGCCUGGCUACGAGCCUGGCUACGUCCCUGGCUAUGACACCCCUGGCUACGUGCCUGGAUAUCAUGGUCCUGGUUACCAGCUCCCUGACUACCCCCGGCCGGGUAGGCCGGUGCCUGGUUAUCGGGGGCCAGUCUACAAUGUCACUGGGGAGGAGGUCUCUUUCAGUUUCAGUACUACCUCUGCCCCAGCAAUCCUGCUCUAUGUUAGCUCCUUUGUCCAAGAUUACAUGGCUGUUCUCAUCAAGGAGGAUGGGACCCUGCAGCUGCGCUACCAGUUGGGUACUAGCCCUUAUGUGUAUCCACUGACCACCCGGCCAGUCACUGAUGGUCAGUCCCACAGCAUCAAUAUCACUCGUGUCUACAGAAGCCUCUUUAUCCAGGUGGAUUAUUUCCCAAUGAUGGAACAGAAAUUCUCAUUGCUUGUGGAUAGUCAGUUGGACUCACCAAAGGCCUUGUACCUGGGGCGUGUUAUGGAGACAGGAGUGAUUGAUCCUGAGAUCCAGCGUUACAACACACCGGGCUUUUCAGGUUGCCUCUCAGGUGUUCGCUUCAACAAUGUGGCCCCGCUCAAAACCCAUUUCCGGGGUCCCCGCCCAUUUCCCCGUGAGAUUUCUGAAGCCCUGCGUGUUCAGGGGGAUCUGGCUGAGUCCAACUGUGGUGCUAUGCCACACUCUGGCUUUGAGGUGCCUCCUGAGCUUGAUCCUUGGUACCUGCCACCAGACUUCAUCUACUAUCACGAUGAUGGCUGGGUCGCUAUCAUCAUAGGCUUUGUGGUGACUCUCUUGCUGCUGGGGCUGGUGGGACUGUUGGUCCUCUUCUACCUGCAAAAUCAUCGAUACAAGGGUUCUUACCAUACUCAUGAACCCAAGGCCACUCAUGAUUACCACGCUGCUAGGAAGACACCUUUACCCCCUUCUACUCCUGCCAGGGCCCCCGUCCCCCAGCCCCCAGCCCCUGCAGCUGCCAUUCGGGAGCAGAACCUGCCCCAGAUUCUGGAGGAGGCCCGUUCCGAAUAAAUCAGAGGAGGGGCUUAUGGGAUAAAGUCCCUCUCCUCAGACCCUGACACCCUCCUCCCUUCCCUCUUGCCCACUCAUCAAGGGCAUCAGGCCUCCUUCCCUGAGUGGGCUCUGUCCACCUAGAGGAAACCUUUUCCUGUCCAUUUUCAUAGGCAGAGUUGCAGUUUGGGACCAAAGGGAGAGGCAGAGCUUCACUGCCUCGAGCCAAAUGCCCAUCCCUUUCCUUCUAUCCACCCUCCCCCAACCCCCACUCACUCAGGCUCCUGGCCCAGUGCCUGCCUGGCAGGAGAUGUUUGGGGUGGAGAUGGGCAUAGGCACCUCCCACCAUCUCUGCCCUAGCCCCAUCUCCAGCUGCUACAAGGGAUUAACAACUGUGCGCAGGGGGAGAUUAUCUGCUUCCCCCCAUGUAGACAGUCUCAGCAGGGACAGAUGUGGGGGUUACCCAGGAUGUGGGGGGAGGAGGCUGCUAAAUCAUUUCCCCAAGCCUCCCCUCUGUCCUGCAGGAUGCCUUCUAUCGGUUUCCAGCAUAGUAGGGAGUGAGGCGCACUCCCUUCCCUAACCUGCUCUCCCCCUUUUAGUGAGGAGUCCACAAGGCUUCAGCUUAGCACCCCUGCUACUUCAUAUGCUUCAGUCAAAGCCAUAAGCCAAAACAUGCAAGGUAGAGAAAUUUAGGCAGACCCUUUAAUAACCUUCUAUUCCCCUCCCACUUUCCCAAGGAUGCGCAAUAACUUUGGUGUCUGCUUAAAGGCCCAUACCGCUCUCCAAUGCAUGAGAAGCACCCCUCCCUCCUAUGCUCAGAUGCUGCUUCAUGUGCCCAGGAGAUCACGUUCUUUAUACUUUUUUUGUUGCAAAGUCUCUCCAGAAGAUCUCUAUAUUGCAGUAAUUUUUUAAAUUCUUGAUUUAUAUAUAAAAACAAAAACAAACCCAGUCAAGUGUUCUGUCCCAUGUUGUACCCUGUGGUCUGUGGUUUGCUCCUCUUGUUGGAGGUCUCAGAAGUUCUGCUGGUCACUCCCCCAACCUGGACCUCUCCUAUCCAUACUAAGACAGACCCUGUUGUGUUGACAGAGACUCCAAUAAAGAGAGUGACAGAGCUGGUC